UUCAAGAAAAGCUUUGAUGAACAUGAAGAAGAGGCUCAAAAAUUCAUAGGUGAGCAGAAAGAAAACUACUUGGAGGAGGUUUAGAAUUGGAAGGAUUCCAUGACAAAAAUUGGAAAUCUCGCGGGAGCAGUUGUCACAAAAAACAGCGCUGAAGUGGACAGCAUCAAAAGAAUCACAAACCUGAUAUUAGAUAUGUUGCAUCAUCUCAAGUUAGUACCUUCGGAUACGUUGAAGAAUUUAGUUGAUAUGCAAUGUCGGUUCUUUUCUAUGGCAAACCUCAUUGAUUCAGAAUCAAAUGAGGCAUGUUUCGUGGGAAUUGUGGGGAUGGGCGGAAUUGGCAAAACAACUAUUGCUCAAGUUUUUUACAACAAAUUUGAACUUGAAUUUGAUUAUAGUUGUUUUCUUCGCAUUUCUACGAGCAAUUUGGUGUUGCUCCAAUAUCAACUUCUCCGUCUUGUUUUAAAAGAAGACAUUAAAGUUCAGGACGAGGAUCAAGGAGCAGAUAUGAUUAAGAUUUUUUUGAGAGGUUGCAAAGUUCUUAUUGUUCUCGAUGGGGUCACUACUAAAAGACAAUUAGAAAAGUUAGCUGGAAGUCCCGAUUGGUUUGGUCCAAAGAGUAUAGUCCUCAUUACAACUAGAAAUAGAGAGAUCUUUUGCCAACCUAAUUAUAAAAAUAAGAUACAAGAAUACAAUGUGAAAUUACUCUCUGAUGAGGGUGCCUUAGAACUCUUUUGCAAGCAUGCAUUCAGAGAUGGUCAUCCUGAUGAGAAUUUCAUGCAUCUCACUUGGGAGAUCGUACAAAAAGUUAAGGGACAUCCACUGGCCUUGAUAAAAAUUGGAUCCUCCUUGUAUGGUCGAAGUAUAGAUAUAUGGGAACUUCAGUUGAAGAAGAAUUUUUAUGACGUACUAGUUCAAGAAGAUCUUUUCUCUGUAAUAUUAAGGACAAGUUUUGAAGAACUAGACGCAGACUGCCAAAAUCUUCUUCUGGAUUUGGCAUGUUUCUUCAAUGGAGAGAGGGUGGAACGAGUGAUUGAAAUACUUGAAAGUUUCGAUUAUGGCCCAACCGAUAUUAAAUUACGUUUGUUAGUUGAUAGAUGUCUAACUGAUAUUUCACAUGGGAGGAUACAAAUGCAUUUCUUGAUUCUUUGUAUGAGUCAAGCAAUUGCGCAAGGCAAGUUGGGAACUCAACGAGGCAUUCAAACUAGGAUUUGGCUUCAUGAAAAAAUUGGACUAGAAUACAUUCAAGGAAUAGUAGACCUGGGGGAGGAAGAAGAGUUAGCAUUGGAGGCCGAGUCGUUUCGAUAUAUGACUGCGCUAAGAAUAUUAGAAAUUGACAAUGUGAAACUUUAUGGAGAUGUUCAAUUUCUAUCAAACCAAUUGAGAUUGCUCAACUGGUCUGGCUAUCCUUCAGAGUAUUUGCCAUCAAGUUUUCAAUCACAAUAUCUGUUUAAACUGCACUUGCGUGAUAGUGAUGUUCUACAGCUUUGGGAAGGCAAAAAGAAAUUUGUUAACUUGAAGGAGAUCGAUGUCAGUGGUUCGAAAUUCUUGGUUGAGACCCCUGAUUUUUCGAAUGUUCCAAAUCUUCGAAGAUUGAUUUUACGAAAUUGUGAAAGAUUGCGAUAUAUUCACCCGUCCAUCAAUAUUCUCGAUCGUCUUGUUUUACUGGAUCUGGAGAAUUGUAUCAGGCUUAUAAGAUUUUCAUAUAAUAUCAGCUGCAAAAAUCUCCAAACUUUAAUUCUUUCUAACUCAGCUCUUGUGCGGUUUCCAAGGAUGAAAGAACAUAUGGAAUAUUUGACUGAACUUCACCUCAAUGGGACUGACAUGUAUGAGCUUCAUCCCUCAAUUGGACGUCUAACUCACCUGCUCCUAUUGAACUUAAGAAAUUGUAAUAGGCUUUAUCAUCUUCCGAUCGAAAUUGGUCGCUUGAAGUCUCUUGAAACUCUCAUUUUGAAUGGCUGAAAAAAGCUUAACCAAAUUCCCCGAAGUUUGGGGAAUGUAGAAUCUCUUCAGAAGCUUGACAUUGGAAGAACAUCCAUAAACCAUGCACCAAAGUUUACUCACACUUUAUGGAAUCUGGAAAUUUUGAACUGUGAAAGGCUUUCCAGCAAUAUUUGGUGUUCUUUGACAGCUCUAUUUAGCAAUUCUUCUUCCAUCAGAGAUCUAAAUCUAAGUGACUGCAAUCUUGAGGAUUAGGACAUUCCUAGAGAUUUUCACUGCUUUUCCAAAUUGGAAAUUCUAGAUCUUAGUGGCAAUCAUUUUGUACAACUCUCACAAAGCCUUGACCAACUAAUUAACUUAAAAGCAUUGUACUUGAAUGAUUGCAAUAAGCUUAAGCAAUUACCAAAGCUUCCAUUGAGUUGCCGAUAUGUUGGUCUUCGUGGAGUGUAGUCCUUGGACAUGU